GUUUACGGCCAAGGGUCUGGCCUGGACUGCAGACGCCAUGUCCAGAAGUUAAACUUGCUGCAGGGUGAGGCAGAAGAAGCAAUUGUUUGGACAUCUCGGUGCAUAGAAGAAUCUGUAAAUGACAGCAAAAAUAUAGCAGCCCAGUGUGAAGACAGUUUGGUCCAGCAGGAGAGGAGGGCAGAAGUCAGUCGCUGGAGUAAAUAUCUGGAUAAGCACAGUGAAGAUCAGGAAGAUGGGGAGGAGGAGGCGGGUACAGAAAGACAACAGUCCUGUUCCCGGAGGAGGAACGCUGUGGAAGAACAAAGGAAACGGCGGGUUAGCUUCCUCUCCUGUGAUGUUCAGGAGUAUGCAGAAGAGAAUGGAGUUUUCCAGCUUGCCUACCGAGCCAAAAAGCGCAAGAAAAGUUCGGUAGCAGUGCCUGAUCGAAGUGAUGGAGAUGCUGUUUCUGGAGACAGUAUGGUUCCUGCUGCAUGUGAGUCCGUAGUGCCUGAGGAGAACACACAAACCCCAGCUGCUUGUACCAAACCCUCAAAGUGGGAAAAAUUUCUCUCGUGUUCUGACAACUCCAGUGAAAAUGCUGCCAGGGUCACCUUGUCACCACAGGAGGGCAGUGGAAGGUUGGGCACUGAGUGGCUUGCCUCAAACCUGCCUGGCACCGUGGCAGCCAGCAGCAGAUGCUCAGGGGAGGAGGAUGUGUUGUUCAGAGACCCUCAAAGCCCAUUGAUAAGGGCAGGAGCUGGCGGGGUAGAGACCACUGCAGGCAGGGGCUGUUUGGCCAGCACGAGGAAGGGAAAGGCCCUUGUUAACGCUAACGCUGGGCCAAAGCCUUGGAGUGUUUCUUAUGAACACCUCUUCUGCACAGGUGAUGAGUUUGAUGAUGAUCUCUGA